AUGGAUUCUACUUCUCAUCAGAACUGGCUCGGUUUCUCUCUUUCCAACCAUCAUCACAUGAAUAAUAUUAACAUCCCUUCCUCUUCUGAUUCCUCUAACCUCUGUCUCUUUGAAGCCUUUAACACUACACCCACCACCACUACCUCAGCACAAGAAGAUAAUGCAGUAGCUGCCUGUAGACCAACUGACAUCUCUUUAUUUACCACUUCUGGACCAAAACUAGAGGACUUCCUUGGUUGUUGCACCACUACACCGCCAUCACAACAGCCACUGGGUGGUCAGUUCUCGGCUGAGACACCCGGGACUACGGCUACUACUGUAUCUGACAAUAGUAGUUCUGAGAUAUAUGAUUCUGAGCUCAAAACUAUAGCUGCUAGCUUCCUUCGUGGUUAUUCCUCUAAUGAUCACCAACAAACCGGUAGUUCUCAAAAACAUCAACAGCUUCUUGUGCAGUCUGAACAUGCACCAAAGAAAACUGUUGAUACUUUUGGCCAACGUACUUCAAUUUAUCGAGGAGUCACCAGGCAUAGAUGGACUGGUAGAUAUGAAGCCCAUUUGUGGGAUAAUAGUUGCAGAAGGGAAGGCCAAAGUAGAAAAGGAAGGCAAGUUUAUUUGGGUGGCUAUGACAAGGAGGAGAAAGCAGCUAGAGCUUAUGAUCUUGCAGCUCUCAAGUACUGGGGUCCGACCACCACUACAAACUUUCCGGUUUCUAACUAUGAGAAGGAACUAGAAGGGAUGAAGCACAUGACAAGGCAAGAGUUUGUUGCGUCACUUCGAAGAAAAAGUAGUGGUUUCUCCAGAGGAGCCUCAAUUUACAGGGGAGUGACAAGGCACCAUCAACACGGUCGGUGGCAAGCAAGGAUAGGAAGAGUUGCCGGCAACAAAGAUCUCUAUCUUGGCACCUUUAGCACCCAAGAGGAAGCUGCCGAAGCUUAUGACAUUGCAGCAAUCAAAUUUAGAGGCCUAAAUGCUGUAACCAACUUUGACAUGAGUCGCUAUGACGUAAAAAGCAUAGCUAACAGCAAUCUUCCCAUUGGAGGAAUAUCUGGCAAAUCAAAGAAUUCAUCAGAAUCAGUUUCUGAUAGCAAAAGCAUUGAUGUAAGCCGAUCGGACGAUCGGGAUCUCUCCUCGGCGUCCUCGGUAACCUUUGCUUCUCAGCCUACAACCUCUACUCUUAGCUUUGCCAUGCCCAUCAAACAAGACCCAUCAGAUUAUUGGACAAAUAUCCUUGGAUACCAAAACUCCACCACCACGAUGAAUAAUACCAAGAACAGUAGCAGCAUUGUCGCACCAAGCACUUUACUUCAAUCUUCCACAAGUUUUCAUGCUUUUCAAGGUCCAACAGCUUUCAGUAUGGACUUCAACACGAAUUCUUCAGUCAAUGAAAGCAACAACAGUGGGCUAUUAUUCAAUGGUGGUUAUAUACAGCAACAGAGUGGUGGUGAUGGUAUUAGUACAUCAUCAUCAAGUUCGAGUAUUCCAUUUGCUACACCCAUUGCCUUGCAUGGUAAUGGAAGCAGUUACGAGGGUAACUCAAGUUAUGGCAGCUGGAUUUCUCAAUCUCUGCAUUCUUUCCAAUCUGCAAAGCCCAACCUCUCAGUGUACCAGACACCUAUUUUUGGAAUGGAAUGAGCUCACAAAAGAAAUGCAAGGAAAAUGAGAAUCUGUGCAAGCAGGAACGUGAAAGGCUGGCUAGCUUGAUGUUGAUGCCAGCAUGCAAUGCGCAGAUGGGUUAACUUUUUUACUUUGAAUAGACGAGUUGGGACUGACGAGCAUGCAUUUCCACAGUAGGUGACCUUAGUACUAACUGCUAGUUCUUUCUCAUGGUCUUGUGUUAUCUUUCUCUUUUGCUUUUGCUUUUCACUGACAUGAAUUUACAUGGUAUAAAAUGAAGGAAAAAAAAGAAAAAAGAAGAGAAUAUCCUUUUGUCA